AUGGACGCCUACUUGAUCGCUCGACAGGACGUGGUUAACCCCAACGAGCUUCCGCCCGGCUGGGUCAUACAGAAUGGACGGGCAAUCCCCUGGUGGUACAGCAGGACUGGCGUCAUCGUCAAGUGGUCCGUCUUCCUCGGUUUCACGACGCUCUUUGCCAUCUUCCUCAUCGUCGGCUACGCCCACGGUAAGAGCCGCCUGAAGAAGGGCCUCCUCCCCCUCGGGUACCACCGCUGGCUCUUCAACCGCGCCCAGCUCGCCCGCGUAGACAGCCGCUACGCAUGGCCCACCGCCACCUACAACACCUACCGCCCGGAGUACCACAACGCCCACCCGCAAGCCCCGGGAGGCGGCUACUAUGGCAUGCAGGGGAUGCCGCCGCCGACCUACGACCCCAACUCCGCGAGGCCGCCCAUGUAUGCGCCGCCCGAGGGCGGCUCAAAGGUCGACCCUUCCCAGGAGUACGGCGUCACGCCGCCAGCGGGCCCCCCGCCGCCGCCGGCCGCCGUUGCUGCGAAUCACACGGGGCAGGCUUACCCGUACAGGGCGCAGUGA